UUGAUGACCCCAUCAUCUCCCAGGACGAGGUGAUUUUCCCCUCACCGUGGCCCUGGACCGGCUCCCGCCCGGCACCGCCAAGGCCAAGAUCGUGGUGACCGUGUGGCAGCGGGACACGGAGCCCCCGGAGCUGCAGGAGGGGACAGGGACAGGGACAGGGACAGGGACAGGGACGGGCCAGGUGACAAUGACAGGGACAGGGACAGGGCCAGGGGGGUACCUGAGGCUGCUCCAGGGCCGCGCCCCCGGCCAGGUGUUCCGGCAGCAGCACGGCGCCUUCAAGGCUCAAGUGUCCACGCUGCUGACGGUGCUGCCACCCCCCCGUGUCCGCUGCCGCCAGGUGACCGUGUCCGGAAAGUACCUGACCGUGCUCAAAGUGCUGAACGGCAGCUCGCAGGAGGAGCUCUCUCUCUGGGACGUGCAGGUGCUGCCCAAUUUCAACGCCAGUUACCUGCCCGUGAUGCCCGACGGCUCCGUGCUGCUCGUGGACGACGUCUGCCACCACUCCGGGGAGGUGCCCGUGGGCGCGUUCUGCCGCGUGCCCGGGUGCCACUCGCGGUGGCCGUGUCCCCUGAGCGCCCUGGAGGAGCAGAACUUCCUGUUCCAGCUGCAGGCGCCCGAGCGGCCGCCCCGCGACGCCAAGGAGGGCCUGGAGGUGCCGCUGGUGGCCGUGGUGCGCUGGUCGACGCCGAAGCUGCCGUUCACCAACAGCAUCGUCACCCACUACCGGCUGCCGAGCAUCCGCCUGGAGCGGCCGCGCUUCGUCAUGACGGCCACGUGCGAGUCGCCCGUGGUGGCCCUGCAGCGCUUCACCGUCACCUACACCCUGCUCAACGACCUGCAGGACUUCCUGGCCGUGCGGCUGGUGUGGACCCCCGAGGCCACCGCCGGGAAGGCCCGCGGCUCGCUGGACUCCGUGGUUUGCCACACGCCCCUGACCAACCUGGGCUACUCCCGCAAGGGCAGCGCCAGAACCUUCCGGGUGGCCUUCCAGGCGCUGCGGGCCGGGCUCUUCGAGCUGUCGCAGCACAUGAAGCUGAAGCUGCAGUUCACGGCCAGCGUGAGCGGCGCCCCGGCCGAGGCGCGCCCGCUGUCCCGCAGGAGCAGCCCCAGCUCCCCGGCCGUGCGCGAGCUCGUGGCCGGGCUCGGCCGCUCCCAGUCCUUCUCCCACCAGCAGCCGGCGCGCAGCCACCUCAUGAGGUCCGGCAGCGUCAUGGAGCGCAGGGCCAUCACGCCCCCGGUGGGGUCCCCCGUGGGCCGCCCCCUGUACCUGCCCGCGGGUGACAAAGCCGUGCUGGCCCUGGACAAGAUCGCCAAGAGGGAGUGCAAGGUGCUCGUGGUGCCACCCGUCCAGUGACAGCGGGGACA